UCUCUCUCUCUCUCUCUCUCUCUCUCUCUCUCUCUCUCUGCAGAAUGCAUCUUUUUCCAUCUAAAACCAUCCAUUUAUUCCUAUACACUUGCUUAUUCUUGCUCUUUCCAAGCCCCAUCAGGCCCCAAACCUGGUGCCUCCUCUGUCAGUCUCAAGGCAAUUACACCAACGGGAGCCAAUACCAAACCAACCUCAACCUCCUCCUCCAAUCUCUAAAUACCACAACUCCCUCCAACGGCUACUACAACACCUCCUCCGGGGUAGACCCCAAUCAGGUCUAUGGCCUCGCCCAAUGCCGGAGCCACGUUUCAUCGGAUACCUGCCAAGAAUGCUUAAAUACUUCAAUGGUAGAUAUCGUCCGCCACUGUCCCAACAAGAUGGCAGCAUUCAUAUAUUACGACGUCAAGUGCCUUCUACGUUACUCCAACCAACGCUUCUUUUCCGAACCUGAUAUUGUCCCCAAGUGUUCCAUUCCAAAUCUAAAUAAUGCUCGGAAUCCAGAUGUAUUUUAUGUACUGGUAAGAGAGUUGUUGAACAAUCUGUCCACUAUAGAGCUGUCUCCGUCCAUGUUGGCUACUGGCGCAGUGGCUUCUCCUGACUUUCCAAUAUAUGGAUCGGUUGAAUGCGUUCGAGAUAUAUCAAGAAAGGAUUGUCAGUCAUGUCUCCAACAAAUGAUCUACGGGCUUCGGAAUUGUUGUCAUGGAAAUUUAGGAGGGCGGGUUCUGUCACAGAGUUGUCUUAUUAGAUAUGAGGUAUAUUCCUUCUUUGGAACCCCAUCGCCUCCACUGCUUGUUACAACUCCUCCAGUUCUUUCUUGGCCACUGCCGCCAUCACUACCACCUCCACCGCCACCGCCGCCAGGGAACAAAUCAUGGGUUAUAAUCAUAGUCGUUGUUACCUCAAUUUUGGGAAUAGCGCUCUCUAGUUUUUGCAUUUGCUGUUGUCUACGAGGAAGAAGGAGACUACGCAAAGAGAAAGAAGAACAACAAGCAUUAUCACAUUAUUUGAGGACUCCGGACGGUUCAGAAUUCGUGGAUGCUGGUAUGCAACGUGAUCAAAUUCUAGAAUUGCCAAUCAUCAACUUAGCUGCAAUACAAGCUGCUACAGCUAACUUCUCUAAUGAAAAUAAGCUCGGAGAAGGUGGAUUUGGACCUGUAUAUAAGGGAAUGCUAUCUGAUGGAAAGGAGAUAGCAGUUAAACGACUAUCAAGGAGCUCAGGGCAAGGUUUGGAGGAAUUCAAGAAUGAAGUUAAAUUGAUUGCUAAACUUCAACAUAGGAAUCUUGUGAGGCUCUUGAACUAUUGCAUAGAGAGAGGAGAGAAACUGCUCAUCUAUGAAUAUAUGCCAAAUACAAGCCUCGAUGCCUUCCUCUUUGAUCCAGUCAAACGUGCUCAAUUAGGCUGGGAAAGACGCCAUAACAUCAUAGGUGGAAUUACAAAGGGCCUUGUUUAUCUCCAUGAAGAUUCAAGGCUCAGAAUCAUUCACAGGGAUCUAAAAGCUAGUAAUGUAUUGUUGGACCAUGAGAUGAACCCGAAAAUUUCUGACUUUGGCAUGGCUCGAUUUUUAGGUGGAAAUCAAAGUCAAGUCAAUACUAAUAGAGUGGUCGGCACAUAUGGCUACAUGGCACCAGAGUAUGCGAUGGGAGGGGUAUUCUCUGUGAAAUCUGAUGUCUACAGCUUUGGAGUUCUAUUGCUAGAGAUCAUAAGUGGGAAAAGGAACAGUAGUCUACAUCUCCCCGAAGACGCUCAAAGCCUCCUUAUUUAUGCAUGGGGAUUAUGGUGUGAUGGAAGAGCGGUGGAGUUAAUUGAUCCUUUGUUAGCAGAGUCAUGUCCCACUAAUGAAGUGUUCAAAUGGAUCCACAUCGCGCUGUUAUGUGUUCAACAAGAUCCAAUGGAUAGGCCCACAAUGUCUCUGGUCAUUCUUAUGCUCAAAAGUGAAUCUAUGAAGCUACCCCAACCUACACAGCCAGGAUUUUUCUUUGCAAGGGCUGUCGAUAAAUCUUCUGCAAGUGUUAAAUUUUGUUCUAACAAUGAUGUAACUAUCUCUUCCCUUGAACCUCGGUGAAUGGGCCCAACAUAAGGGUCAGCCUCAUGUUCCAAUGGAUUGGAUCUAAAGGAGUACCAUGGUUCAACCUCAGCUGGUUAUAAAAAAAAAAAAAAAAAAACUACUGUAGAUAAGGAAAACUUCUCCAUAUAUGUUUCCAUUUUGUGGUUAAUACAUCUUGCUUCUUGACGGAAUUGAAACAGUUUGAGGUAUG